AUGCAAGUCAGAAAUAUUCAGAACAUAGCACCGAGUCUAACUGACAAGAGUAUAAAGAUAUACUAUGAACACGUUAUGAUGAAACCAACCAAAAUUCAAGAAAGUCAGUAUACUUAUGAAUAUCCAAGACACUGGGUAGAGUAUGUAGGAGGUGAGAAAGCUAUUGAAAUAAGACAAGUUAGAAGUAUUCCAGCAGGAAGGACAAUAUUAUUGAAGAACUUUAAUGUUUUGAGAUAUAAUGAUGAGACAAAGAAGCAAGAUAGUUUUCCUAUUGCUGUGUAUGUGAACCUAGACACAGGAGAUGACAUGAAAGUUUUUAACACAAAGCUUCAAACGGUAGUGAGAGAACAACUGACUGCGGAAGGACAUCCAUUACCUUCAGAAGUUACCAUAGCAUAUAAUUUUGAAACAAACUCAAUAGAUUUUAAAGUCAUCUCUGCAAAGAAGUCAGGUUUUACAUUUAAUGAAGCAGAUGUAUAUUCGAAUGAAAACUUCAAAGCUAUUGCAUGGUUAG